UCCGCCCUCAUCCUCUUUACGUUGCUGGGCAACGCGCUGGUGUGCGCCGCCGUGCUGCGCUACCAGCACCUGCGCGCCAAAGUCACCAAUCUGUUCGUCGUGUCGCUCGCGCUGUCCGACCUGCUGCUCGCGCUGCUCGUCAUGCCGUGGAAAGCGGCGGCCGAGGUGGCGUCCGGCUGGCCGUUCGGCCCCUUCUGCAAGGUCUGGCUGGCGUUCGACAUCAUGUGCUCGACCGCGUCCAUCCUCAACCUGUGCGUCAUCAGCGUGGACCGUUACUGGGCGAUCGCGAGCCCGUUCCGCUACGAGCGCCGCAUGAGCCGCCGCCUCGCGCUGCUGGUGGUCGCCCUGACCUGGGCCCUCGCCGUGCUCGUCUCCUUCGUGCCCGUGCAGCUCGACUGGCACACCGCCCCGGCCGCCCGCAGCAGCGGCAACGGAGCCCCCAGGCCCCGGCCGCCCGCGGACUGUGACUCCAGCCUGAACCGGGCGUACGCCAUCUCGUCGUCGCUCAUUAGCUUCUACAUCCCGGUGGCCAUCAUGUUGGUCACCUACGGCCGCAUCUACCGGAUCGCCCGCAUCCAGAUCCGCCGCAUCGCCUCGCUCGAGAGGGCGGCGCAGCACGCCCGCAGCUGCCGCCUGGACUGUCAGGAGCAGCACCGCUCGCUACACAGCUCCUUCUAUAAGGAGACCAAGGUGCUCAAGACCCUCUCGGUCAUCAUGGGCGUCUUCGUCUGCUGCUGGCUGCCCUUCUUCGUCCUCAACUGCCUGGUGCCGUUCUGCGACCGCCGCUCGCCCUCCCCGCCGUGCGUCAGCGAGACCACCUUCGACGUCUUCGUCUGGUUCGGUUGGGCCAACUCGGCCCUCAACCCGGUGGUGUACGCCUUCAACGCCGAGUUCCGCCAGGCCUUCUGGGGCCUGCUGGGCCGCAGGCGGUGGUGCUGCGCGCCAACCGCCGGCCGCGUGCACAGCGCCAACGUCAGCAACGAGCUGGUCUCCUACCACCAGGAGACGGCGCUGCAGCGGGAGGUCGCCAGCGCCUGCGCCGUCACCAUCCCCAACGCGGUGCAGCGAGCGCCCGCCGCCUUCGACAGCGUGUCGCAGAUUUCUGCCGCCGACGACGACGACGACGAGCAAGAGCCGGCCAGCGACACUGCCGACGAGCUGGACCUGUCCUUCGGCAAAAUCACGCCGUCCACCCCGAACGGGGUGCACUGA